UGUGGGGCGUGCAAGUAGGCAGGCAUCGACGGACUUGUGGUCUUUCAGAGAAGACAGACGCACAAGACUUGAAUUCACGUCCACGGCACGGAGAGACGAUUCGACUUUUUAAAACGUCCCCCCCCCCCACACCUUCUGUCUUUUAUCCAGAAAUUGCCGGCUAUUUUUUUUUUUUACGAAACGUAUACGAAUCGCUGUGUGUGUGUGUGUGUGUGUGUGUGUGUGUGUAUUUUUAUUUUUUGGCUUGUUUUCCUCUCGCGAGUUGGGACGUAAAAAACGGGAAUGAACUAAUGAGCAGACAUUUUGUCGUUUUUUUUCCCCCUACAUUUUUUUCUUCACUCAGAAAACUUAUUCGACUUGGGUUUUUUAUAUAUAUAUAGCUGUUGUUUUUAAGCACGCGCCGAGUGAGUGUAAAGCGGUAAUUCCAAAUGUCCUUCCGAGCGAUGAAUAAUUUUUGAGUGACAGCUUUUGGGGGGGAAGAAUUACGGCUAGCUUAGCUUAGAUGCUCUCUGCCUAGCUCCAACCACGACGUCAAGACCAAAACCAAAGUCUUUUUUUUUUUAAUUUUUACCGAGGUUAAGGUGUUUGUUUCUGUUAUUUGGGGGGUGUCUCUCGCGAGCUAGCCGUGAGCUAGACGCUGGACAGCUCCACUUGAAAGCUUUUUUUGGGGGGGUGGGACAAAGAAAAAUAUCAACACAAGGCUUUUUGGUUUUAGGGGGGGGGGGAAGACAGCAACAAGGGACUGACAUGAUGUUUCCACAAUCAAGACACUCAGCUUCAUCACAGCAGCUGAAAUUCACAACAUCCGACUCCUGCGACAGGAUCAAGGAUGAGUUCCAGUUUCUCCAAGCACAAUACCACAGCCUGAAGCUCGAGUGUGACAAGCUGGCCAGUGAGAAGUCGGAGAUGCAGCGUCAUUACAUCAUGUACUAUGAGAUGUCCUACGGGCUCAACAUUGAGAUGCACAAACAGGCUGAGAUCGUAAAGAGAUUAAACGGGAUCUGUGCCCAAGUCCUCCCAUAUCUGUCUCAGGAGCACCAGCAGCAGGUCCUGGCGGCCAUCGAGAGGGCCAAGCAGGUCACCCCUCCAGAGAUGAACUCCAUCAUAAGGCAGCAGCUCCAAGCUCACCAGCUGUCUCAGCUCCAAGGCCUGGCGCUGCCCAUGACCCCCCUGCCGCUGGGCCUGAGCCAGCCCAGCCUGCCCGCCGUCACCACCUCCUCCGGCCUCUUCUCCCUCUCCUCUCUGCUGGCCACCCAGGCACAGCUGGCCAAGGAGGAGAAGGCCUCGCGCGACGCCGCCGACAGCCACCGCGAGGAAGACGGCGACAAGUCUGACUAAGCAGUGCACCCCCAGCUUUCUGUCUGUAUCUAUAGCUCUAUUCUUUCUCUCGUUCUCUCUCUCUCUCAAUUUCAACGUGGAACCCCCCCCCCCCCCCCCCCGCCACCCCCCAACUUCUGCUUUCCACUGAGACAAAAUGGCCUCUGAGCUUCUGACGGGACUCCAACUUUCUUAUUUCAUGUUUUCAUCUAUCUCUUUUUUUUUUUAUUGAAUGUUUUAUUGAUGAAGCUUCAUCCUCUUUAUUCUUCCCUCCUCUCGCCUCCUCUUCUAGCCAUGUUCAACGCGACUGGCGCUGCGUUCAAGACUGCUGGGAAGUAGGAAAGCACUUUUGGGAAAAAAAGACAGGCACGAUCAUCAGUUCAUCCAUUCUCAAAUUAAUUUUGGAUUCAUUGGGAAUAAUGAUAAUAAUGGAAGGCAUUUUGCAUUCCAUUCCAAAAACGUGUUUCAUUGAACCAGUCCAGGAUGGACCACGCUUCCAGCUCCAUGUAGUGAUAAAUGCUGAUAUCCAUUACAGCCAAAGGUCUAGUUCAGGGGGGCCCCAAUAUCUACUUUUCAAGUAUUUGACCUCCUGCGAUCUACCCUUUUUUUGGGAUGGGGGUUGGUAAUGACCAUGUCCCCGGUUUGAGACCGCAGAGAACUAACUACCAAUGAGCUAAAAUUCUGGGCCACCAACACAGCUCAGCAACAAUGUAUUGCAUCACCCCGUGAGCCAAUCUUGCACAACACAACGCAACACAACAUAAUUAAAAAUGUACAUUUUUUUGCCGACUCGCACUGAAGUCCGGCCAGUUGCUGUCUACAGUCAGCCUCAAGCACACUUCCAAAUGUUCAUCACUUAGAGGGCGGAACGGUAAAAUACUCCUCCUCGCGUUCCCUAUAAAAGUGGUUUGUUUUUCUCUUCUUGCAUGGUCCAGCUCCCCCAAGCAUUUUUAUAAGUUAAGUUUAAAGGGGAAAUCCACUGGUUUGCAUGAACAAUGUAUCCAAUAGGUCAUGUAAUAUGUACUCUAUUUUGACAAAGUGAUGUUAAAUCCUCUCUCAUUUAAUAGUGUUUGGAGAAGAAAACAGGUAAUUCACUGACCAGCUUGUUAAUUUUGACAAAGCUGCAGUUACUUUUUAGUGGUGUUCCGUAACCUAAAUGUCAGAAAAAUGCACAUCACCGAUAAUAUUAGUAUUAGUAAUAUUAGGGCUGACGUCUUUUUUUUUUUUUUUGGGGGGGGGGGGUCAGAUGUCAUCCAAUCUACCAAUCCUACUGCGUCGUGCACCCCUGGUCAAGUCCAUAUCAGCAUGACAUUUUAAUACUGAAAUUUCUUCUCUCACCAAAGUGUAGGUAUUUAAAUUUGCAGUAGACCUUGCUUCGAGUGGCGUUCCAAUGCACUUUGACACUAACCCGAGGUCUGAAAUGUCAGUUUUUCACAGUUUUCAUGAACGCAGCAGCCACGGUGAACGCCAGAAUUGUUUGUCAGGCCUCUCAUACACUUAAUUUUUGUUUUUUGUUUUUUGAGUACGAUUGCAUGUGUCGGAACAUUUGAACUCCAUUGCAAACCAGAACAAAAGCACCUAAAGAAGCAUGUAAAUGUUGAUUUGGGUUGUAAGUGUAAUUGUCUCAGUUCAUAGACUCUAUUGUUGUCCAACCAGGCAGACAUUCAAUAGCUGAUUUUAUUUGAAGUCGUUCGCUACCCAAAACAGCAGCACCUACAGAAGAAUGUGUCCCGCCUUCGUGUAAAAGGCUUAGGCAGAUAAAUAACACGUCUUUUGUAUUAAAUGGAUGGAGUAUUAGGGUCACACUGGGGCAAGGGGUCAUGCACGACAAGAAUAAUGUUGUAUUUUGUUGUCUUUAACCUUUUUUUUUUUUCUUUUCCUUUUUCUGAUGUUACAACCAUUUUGGGAUCUCUAGAAUAUAAUUUUUUUUUCGCCCUUAAUUCCGUGACAUUUUCCCUCAAAGGAAUAGCCCGAGUUAGCUGGGAUAGGCUCCGGCACUCCCCCGACCCUUGUGAGGAUAAGCGACUAAGAAAAUGGAUGAAUGCAUUUCCUGGAUUUUCUCCAAAUAACACAACUGUUCUCGUAAUAUUACUGCUUUUCUCUGGGGGGGGGGGGAAUCACAAUCUUGAAUUGAUUAUUCUAUCAAAUUUGUCUUCAUUUUUUUUAUCCUCACCCCUUCGUCGUCUAUUAUUUAAACACGUCAUUUUUACGUAUUAUUUUAAUACCUUUCUCAGAACUAUAAAGCUUAGCAUUUUAGCAUUUUCUUGAGAGUUAUGACUUAAUGGGGGAAAAAAAUACAUUAUUUUGACACACACGCAGCUUCCAGUGUGUCGUUAAUACUCCUGGGUGGCAAAUAAAAGCGCCUCGUUAAAGCAGCGUGUAUGUUUUGUGUGUGUGUGUGUGUGUGUGUGUGUGUGUGUGUGUGUGUGUGUGUGUGUGUGUGUGUGUGUGUAAAGACAGCAGGGGCCAGCGUGUGUAUUGCUGUCCAAACAAAAGGAGGACAAAAUCCAUACAUUCCCCUCGUGUUGGUAUGAUUGUGUUUGCGUUCUAUCUUAUUGGAAUAACGUUUCUCUGCUUGUGAAUGCAGUGCAUCAUCUUCCUGCCUGGCUUUCAUGUAGUGAUGUCACUCAAAAAACACACACACGCGCGUCAAUGCAUGAUCCACAGUGGGAAGCAAAUUUCCUAAAUUUUCUUAAAAAGCAUUUUUUUUUUUUUUUUUUGGUCAUCACUGCAUUUCGCUUUGCUGUGUUGAAUUGUAUAUUUUAGUGGUGGGAAUCCGAGACCACGUUACACGAAGCUGCCAUAUUAAAAUCCAAAUCUCAUAAUCAACUGUUCAAAAAAAAACAAACAAACAAAAAAAAAAAAAAAAACGGGAAAAAAAAAAUUGCUGAUCAUAUAAAAAGAAACAUUUUUUUCUUACAUGUAGGGAAAAAGGUUCCCCCAACCCUGAAGUAUAAGUUCACGUAGCUGGAGGUCGUCUCGUUUACUUCUCCAUACAUAAAAAGCUUUAUGUGUAUAUUCCGGAUCAUUCUUGCUAUUGGGAAGGGUUUACAAUUGCAGUACUUUUUGCCCCUUUUUCCUCGCCCUCCUCGCGUCUCCUGACUUUCUAGCUCAUAGCGUGAAGCAUUGUAAGCUUUGUAAGGUCUUUUUUUUUGUUUUUCCUUGUUUUUUUUUUUAAAUACUUUUGUGUAUAAUGUAAAACCUGAACGUGAAAAUGUUUUGUGUCCUACAUCAUAACUACAUUUAAACAACAAUGGAAAAAAAAAAAUUGGAAAAAAAAAAAACAAGGAAACUAUUAAAAGUACAGCAGACAUUUAUGUGAAAUAAUAUGAAAUGUUGUGCAUUAAGGAAGGACUUCUGGUGCCUUACAAAUAAAGUCAAUCAAAUCAUA